AAUGUGGUGAAUGCCAUGGAAACCAAAAAAAGAAAAAGAAAACAAACAUUAGUAUACGUUUAAAAAUGUUCCGUAUAUGAAUGGAAGAAAUAUCAACCAAUCAGAAGAAUCGUCGAAAAACUGCGUAACGUUCCUUGGGUUUAGCUAAGAUUUUAAAUAGAAGUUGAAGUGCAAACUCAAGUUACGAUAAUUUAUUAACUGUAGCUAAAUUUGUUCUAAUCUCUCGGACAUCCAACAGAGAAAUCAGAGUGAACACCUUGAUCAGCCAUCUUAGUCACUGCCUGUCAGAAUGAGCCAAGUAAAGUCAGAAGAGGAAUAUGAACCAUGCGCACCUGCGCCUGACUUUCAUAUACUUGUUUACCAGGAACCCAGCCACCACAAGUGCUCUGAUUUUCUGCAAGGAGGUGCCAACAAGUACCUGUUUGAAGGAAGACAGAACCUUCUGUGUAUGGCCACAUCCCAUACACGUACACUACAACAUCAAGCAAGCACCAUUCAGUACUGCGGGAAGGAACUGAGUUGCAUGCAGCACUGUGGCUUGUUCUCAAUGCAAGCUGCAGGUCCUGUCAAUUUCCUGCCUGCAGGGACACAGAACUUUAUAUCUACGGCCAUGAAAAGCACACAAACACCACGGACUGCACUACAGACAUUGAAUGUUCCACAGAAUGGCACCGCAGGUGACUUCACUAGCUGUCAGCUGCGUAACCCCAGUUCCAAUCUCCCACAGGGGGUAGUGGAGGCCAGCGCCCACAGCUCCCACAAACCCACAGAGGAUGCUUUGCAAAAGAGGGAGCUGCGCUUGAUGAAGAACAGAGAAGCGGCCCGGGAGUGCCGAAGAAAGAAGAAGGAAUAUGUCAAAUGCCUCGAAAAUCGUGUGGCUGUGCUUGAAAAUCAAAACAAGACUCUGAUUGAGGAGCUUAGAGCCUUAAAAGACAUCUGUCGACAUAAAGUCAAGUGAUCCCUCAGACUGGCAUUGUUUCCAGAGAAGGAGGAAAUAUAUGGACCACCUGCAGACCCUGCUGUCUGCCUGACUGGUGAUGGAGAAUCAGAUGCUGAAGGCUAAGCUGCACUGCCUCAACAACCAAAUACCAAAAUCUGUCUUUGCCGUCGUCACCAUAAGUGCAUCACAUUUCCCAGUCCUUUCUGAUCAUUUGGACAAUUGACAAUUGACAGUCUUUGUGAUACUCUGUUUUUCUAUUUAAGGGUUUGUUGAUAGGGAAUCGGGUCUUCAGGGCUUCACAUAGCAGUGUUCGUGUUUUAUUUUGUUCCACCUGAGAAAUUCUGAUGUAAGCACUACUCUCGGGAAAUACCACCCGCUGCUUUUAUCUCCCAUACUCCUUUGUCUUUAAUGUAGACACCUGCCAGGAUCUGUUGUGCAUCUGAACGAGGACUUAUCUGCUUCUGACCAUUCAUUAUUUAAGACCCUGCAUUUUUUAUAAUUUUGAAUACUACUACAUUGUUUGUACAAAAAGGAAAAAAUAACUUCUCUUAAUAUGAAUCAUUGUGUAUGUAGUUAACCAACAUGUGUUUAUAGAAAUGCAUUAGCUUUCUGUUUUACCUUGGCUAUUUUUUCUUUUUCUUUUUUUUUUUUUUUUGCUUAUGUCUCACAUUGUUGAAUUUAGAAGUUAUUUAUGGACCUACAUUUUGUGCUUUAUUUCUUGUCUGUAACACCUCAGCUGUGUCUUAUUGUGGUCACACUUUACUUAAAGGUCUUACAGACUUUUUUUAUGAAUAUAUUUGCUUCAAUAAAGUUCUUGCUCAGUCUCAC